CCAGCGCAGGUGCCAAAUCUCUGCAUCAGCCGUCGCAACAGCGUGCGAGUGAUCAUCUAUAUCUAUAAUCGAUCGCGUGCGAGCAGUAAACUGCUCUCCGAGCGGCCGAGACACGCCCACAAACGAGUGCUGCCGUCAGCGGAGUGCUGCCGUAGCAUGCUUCGCGCGGUCAAGACACAAACGAGUGCCGUCAGCAUGCUGCGUGCUGCCGCGCGCCGCGCCUACUGGGGCACGCAAGCCUGGCAGGACCAGGCUCUCGCGGCCAAGCGCAACGCGUCGUCGACGCAAAUGGUGAGCCUCGCGACGCUGCAGUCGCUCUACAGCUUCCGCCCCGGCAUCGCAUAUGUUUUGGACGCUCUCUACCUCGCGCCGACGGCGCGGUCGCCGGCGCAACGCACGAUGCGGUCGUGCCGCGGCGCCGCCUUCGCGACGAAAGACGCAGGCCUCGCGCCGCUGCCGGCGUCGCGCGCCGCGACGACCACGCCGAGCGGUACUCGGAUAACUCGCACGGCUCGGGACUCGGGCUUCGAGCCGCUGCCGGCGGGCGCAAAGGAGCCGUCCGGCGCCGAGCUCAACGACCUCGUCCGCGACUGGGUCGACAAGACCGGUGCGCAAUCCGUCGUGAUUCAGGGCGAGGGCGACCCGCUCGCGGCGCAGGACGUCGUCUGCGAGACGCUGCGGCUGGCCCAGGGGUCGGGGGCACAGUUUCGCCUGAAUACGCUCGGCGUGGGGGCGACCGACGCGAUCUUCGACGCGUUGGGACUCGUCGAGACGGUCUCCGUCUUCCUGCCGGCCGCAGAGGCAUCAAAAUACGACGAGCUGCUCCAGCCGCGCGAGCCCGGGGCUUUUGAGGACGCCUGCGCAUUCGUGCGGCGGGCGUCGGCGGUAUCAAACGUCGAGGUCACGGCCGUCGACCGGCCAGAUGUAGAUGUCGCGGCCGUCGAGGCGCUCGCCACGAGCCUCGGGGCGGCCCAGUUUCGCACGCGGUCUUGGUUGGGGUAG